UAUAACCUAUUUUUUUCUAAUGCAAUUUUAAAAUGGGAAGCUGAUAAAAGUGUACUUCGUACUCAUGCUUUACGAGUACUGGAUAUCAAUUUUUUUUAAAUUCACAUUCCAAAAUAAGAACUAUUGAACAUAAAUUUAAAUAAUAAAUACAAUAUACAAUUCCAUACAUUACAUGCAUUUAAUAUAAAAUUAUAAUAACAAGAAUGAAUAGAAUACUGAGGGGAAUUAUGAGGUAUAGAGAAAUUAAGAAGGAAAGGAUGGUGCAACAAUUUUUAAAAGUUAAGGAUAAUCCAAUGCCGAAAGCUGUGUUUUUCACAUGCAUAGACAGUAGAAUGAUUCCUACACGUUUUACUCAAACAAAUGUAGGAGAUAUGUUUGUAGUUAGGAAUGCUGGCAAUAUCAUCCCACAUUCACAACAUUUCGAAGAUGAAUUGACAUCAAAUGAACCAGCAGCUUUGGAACUAGGAUGUGUUGUUAAUGAUAUUAGACACAUUAUUGUAUGUGGUCAUAGCGACUGUAAAGCAAUAAAUUUGUUAUAUAAAAUGCAAGACUCCAAGUUUGCAUCGCAGGAAAAUCGAAGAUUGUCACCUUUACGAGCUUGGCUGAGUUCUCAUGCUUGCACAUCUUUGGAGAAAUUUCAACAAUUGGAAAUUGGCGAUUUCACCAAUCCACUGAUAUUUCAGGCAGAAACUCCUAUGAGAAAAUUUGUUGCAUACAUAGAUCCAGAUAACCAAUUUACACUAGAGGAUAAGUUGUCACAAAUAAAUACUUUACAGCAAUUACAAAAUAUAGCUAGUUAUGGUUUCCUCAAGAAACGAUUAGAAACUCAUCAGUUGCAUAUACACGCACUUUGGUUUGAUAUUUAUACGGGAGAAAUUUAUUACUUUAGUAGAGGGGCAAAGAAAUUUGUUGUUAUUGACGAGGGAAAUAUAGAGAAACUUUUAGAUGAGGUUGAUAAUUAUUAUUCAUAAUAAUUUUAAGAAAGCAUAAUUAGUUGCAGAGCUAAACUCUAAAGGAUAAACUUGAAUAUUUUCAUAAUUAAAAAGACAGAAUCUCACAUUACAAUGAGAUCAAUUUGGGAGAUAUUAAAUGAAAUGUAGUUAGAACUCUACAGUUUCAUUUACAUAUUUUUCUUAUCCUUCUGAAUGUUCCUGAUAUAUAAGUUGCAAAUAAACUAUAAAUAAUAUAAUUAAAGAAGUAAGAAUACAUCAUCAACUACUUGAAAAUACUAAGAGUCUAUAUUAAACUAAAACUUUUAUCAUUUUCUACAAAUCCACUAUUUUUUUAUACUAUGACAUUUAUCACUUGUAUUUUCAUGCAAAUUCUUUAUUUGUACCUGCAGAAACUACAAAUAGUAGUACUUAUUGAAUUGUUAUUCAACCAUUGUUGGUGAAAUUAAAUAUAUAUUUUAUGUAAUGUCUUUACAGCUGUAAUUUUGAUAUAACUUUAAAUAUUUUUGAGAUAUUUUUAUACAAAUGGUAUUUUGCAUUUAAUAAACACAUAUCAU